AUGAUGCAACCAGGUUGGAAAGCUUGUGGCCUUUUGGCAGUGGUAGUGAUACUUCUGCAAGGUGCGGCUUUGUUGCGCCCUUCCCCAUGCAUUGGACGGCUGGCCCCAGAACUAGGCAGAUCCAACGAAAGUGCUACCAGCUUUGCAAAGAGCAAGGACGACAGAGUCGACAAACAGGACGACAGAGUCGACUGCUGCUCCAAGAGUAAGCAAAGUUUGUUGGCGGAACGUAUUUGUGUUUCACCGAGCGCAACUCCGAUGAGAAUUCCAUCAGCGACAGAAGCCGAGGAGUUUCUGGCCAAGACCACAUUUCAGAAUCAUAUAAUUUGGGAUUUGGUUCCAGGGAAAGUGCAAUUGAAUGGCAAUACGAAAGUGGCUUUGGAAUUAGGAGAGAGGGCCUUGAGCGCAGCUUUGACAAAUGAGACUGCCAAAGGCAAAGAGGACUUGCAAGCCAUGGACAUUGGGACCGUGAAUGGCUGUGUCGCAUUUGAGCUCGAGCGGCACGGCGUUAAAACGGUCUACGCAGUUGACAUCAUGCCACCAACGCAUUUUGGCUUCCAGCAGCUACACAAGCUGCUCUCUUCACAAGUGACCUUUGUGCGAACUCGAGGUUAUGAACUUGCCAGUCUUUUUGAACACAACUCAUUUGAUCUCAUCGUCAUGUCUGGCGUUCUGUAUCAUCUCCGGCACCCAAUUGUGAUGAUUGAUGUUUUGUGGCUUUUGUUGAAGGUUGGCGCAGUUGCUGCGAUAGAGACGGCAAUCACAGAGACUUUGCAACUGGCACAGCUGCCGCCAGCAAAUUUGAGUAUGGAAAGCUACAACUGGGUGAAGUUUAUUCAGUAUUAUGCACACACAAAUCCAGAGGGGAGAGUCACGUAUGACCGAACAAACAAGUUCUUUCCUUCAAUGGAUGCCUUGGUCGAGUUUUUCAGUGACUCAGGCUUCGAAGUCUUGUGGCAAAAGGAUUUGAUCACCAGAGGGCAUUUGCUGGUGAGAAAGACUUCCACACGAAGAUUCCAAAAGACUGGAUAUUCAAUUUCCGACCAACUUCAGGUUGCCUUGCAGGAUCCUAUUCCAUGCGCGUGA